CCCACCCCCUGUUAGGCUGCUAUACAACUGAAGCGUAUGUAGUCAACUGACAUUACCAAACAAUGUUCAUGCUAAGAAUGACAAAAGGAUUGAAAAGAGGAUUUGUGAACACUACAACAGUGGAACACCCUCCCCCUCAUCUUCUCGGUACUCCGUUCACUGAGGAUUAUAUCUUUACAAGCGAAACCUAGCAGGACAUUCUCCGCCCCCAAAAUAUACAAUUUUAGAUCACACUGGCAAUCCGACUUUGUGUCUGGACUGGCGACUGUUGCAGAGACUAGAAAGGGGCAGAGAUAUGGCCAGAGACAAGAGAGUGGAGGCGAAAGUGUGAGAGCAACCAACUAGCAGGAUGACAAACCAGCAGACAGCCAACCAGUCUAACACAAACAAGGUGAAGGAGAAAGAAGAAAACCAGCAAGAUGACAACACAGAAGUUGCAUAUAAAGAUGCUGGCCACUGCAGCCGCAACACCCACAACCUGCUGCUGGGACUCACUGUUAUGGGUGUUGUUAUGGGAGUGGUGUUUGGGAUGCUGCUGCGGUACAUGAAGGUGACGGACAGCUCCGCACUCACGAUGGUUUCUUUCCCUGGAGAAAUCCUCAUGAGGAUGCUGAAGAUGCUCAUCCUGCCUCUCAUCAUCUCCAGCCUUAUCACAGGGCUGGCUGGUCUAGACGCCCGCUCCAGUGGCAGGAUGGGUAGUAGAGCCAUGGUGUACUACAUGUCCACCACUGUAAUCGCUGCUGUCCUCGGGGUCAUCCUGGUGUUGGGGAUCCACCCGGGGAACCCCAAACUGAGGGGAGGCUCGUCGAGCACAGCGCCGAAGAACCAGGAGGUCAGCAGUCUGGACGCCUUCCUCGACCUGAUCAGAAACCUCUUCCCUGAGAACCUGGUGCAGGCCUGUAUCCAACAGGUUCAAACGGUGCUGAAAAAGGUGCCGGUCACAUCACCAAACCAAACUGAGACCAUCUUAGUGAACAGGAAGUCACUGGAAUACAAAUGGGGCAUGAACGUCCUCGGCUUGAUUGGCUUCUUCAUCACCUUUGGGAUCUGCAUGGGCAGGAUGGGCGAGCGAGGGAAGGUCAUGUGCGACUUCUUCAACAUCCUCAACGAGAUUAUCAUGACGAUGGUUUCCAUGAUCAUGUGGUACUCUCCUGUUGGCAUUGCCUCUCUGAUUGCGGGUAAGAUUGCGGCCAUCGGAGACCUGGAGGUGGUGGCCAGGCAGCUGGGUAUGUACAUGGUGACCGUCAUCGUGGGCCUGAUGAUCCACGGCGGCUUGAUCCUACCUGCUAUAUUUUUCGCUAUCACCAGAAAAAGCCCCUUCACUUUCUACUCUGGAAUCUUCCAGGCUUGGAUCACAGCUUUGGGCACUGCUAGCAGUGCAGGGACGUUACCCGUCACCUUCCGCUGCCUGGAGGAAAAUCUGAAGAUUGAUAAGCGCGUGACUCGCUUCGUGCUGCCCAUAGGUGCCACUAUUAAUAUGGAUGGCACUGCACUGUAUGAGGCCGUGGCAGCCAUCUUUAUUGCCCAGAUGAAUGACAUCAGCCUGGACAGCGGACAGAUCAUCACUGUCAGUAUGACUGCCACCCUGGCAAGUGUUGGAGCUGCCAGUAUUCCCAGUGCUGGACUGGUUACCAUGCUCCUGAUCCUGACUGCUGUGGGGCUGCCUACACAGGACAUCAGUCUGCUCAUCGCUGUCGACUGGCUGCUUGACAGAAUGCGUACCUCCAUCAAUGUGGUGGGCGAUUCAUUCGGUGCCGGGAUCGUGGACCACUUGUCGAAGGCGGAGCUUGCUGCACUUGACGCCGCAGAAAUGCAAAUGCUCCACCCAGUGGAGGAGCUCGAUUUCAUCCCCCUCCCGAUCCUCACAGAGAUGGACCUGGUCGACCCUUUCAAACCGCCCGAGCUGCCACCUCGCUCCCCUCGCCCACCCAAACAAAACCACCACGGCUACGUCUCCCAGUCCCACUCCAUCACUUACUCACCGUCCCGUUCCAUCCGAUCUCCAUCACCACGCUCCAUCCGCUCUCCCUCUCCGCGCUCUGUCUGCUCCCACUCCCCCCGGCCUUUCUGUACUCAUUCACCACGCCUCCUCCGCAGGAUGGAGCCGGGCUACUGCGCCCUGCCCAGCCACGAUAACCAGAUUCCCGCGCUGCCUCGCGCCUACAGAGAGAGAGACAGGGAACAGGGGAGGCUGAGGCGAGAGAGUGAAACGGAAGAGGACGAGGAGAGGGAGAGGGUUUUGGGUGAAGCAAGCGACGGCGAGGAGAGUGAUGACACUGCUUAUGAUCGGAGGCACACCAUCCCACCGGGCGACCUGCCAUGAUUGGCUUUUACCACCAAAAAGCUUCCCCAUCGAUUAGUUUGCGUUUUACAACAGCUUUCCCCGCGUUAAUGCACAGCUCCACAAGAUUCCAGUGGAGGUCCACAGUGGAUUUCUGGCUGGUUACAUUUCUACUUCUUAGAUGUAUUUUGAGUUCACUGGUCUUGAUUAACAGAACUGUUCGAUAAGUGAUUGAUAAGCUUACUCUGAGCUUAAUAUGCAUAGAUAUUAAAAUGUUGCGAUGGCAACACCAUGUAACAUUCCUCAGAAGGCCCCUUAAAACCAAGCCUGAAGCUUAUGCUCUUUGGUUUCCUGCAAGAGAGAGCUUAAAUGCAGAGUUGUUUCCCUUGUUUACUCAUUGUCAUUUCUUGAUUGUCUUUUCAUAACCAAACUUAAAAUGCUCCUGUAUGUCUGAACUUCCUUAAAUUUGCCUGAUAGGAGAGAAAUUGUGAGUUUGCUCUUGAUGAGAAAAGUAUCUUGGUGUUGAGGCCACCUUUUUACCAGGCUUUUAACGCACAACCAUGAGUUAUUAGUUGAUCCUUUACCUUUGCUCAACUUGCUAGUUUCACAUUUUAAUAAAUAUGCUUAUUCGCUUUCUUGCAGAGAAUUAGAUGAGAUGAUUAGAUUAGAUGAUAUUAAGCUCAUGUCGGAGUGAAAUAACAAAAUCCACCUGCCAGCACCUCUAAAGCUCACUGAUUAACAUGUUGUAUCACGUUUGUUUAAUCCAUACAAAAACUGAAGUGUAAAAAUGACAAUUCGCUAUUUUAUAGGAAAUUCUGCUGGGAAAUAGUUCAGCACAUAAAUGUCCGUAAAGCCACAACUUGUCAUUUUUACACUUUUACACUUUUUGGUUUUGGAUGAAUUAAACAAACUAAAUACACCAUGUUGACCAGUGAGCGUUAGAGGCACUGGUAGGCGGAUUUUGUUACCUUUGGUCAGAACCAGGCUAGCUGUUUCCCCCUGUUUCAAGUCUUUAUGCUAAGCUAAGCUAACCAGCUGCUGGCUGUAGCUUCAUAUUUACCAUACAGACAUGAGAGUGGUAUUCUUGUUCUCAUUUAACUCUUGGCAAGAAAGCUAUAAAGCGUAUUUCCAAAAUGUCGAACUAUUCUUUUAAAUGACCUCAAGAACACCAACAGGUUCAUGUAAAUGAAAGAAAUAUACAACCAGCAGACAUUAUUUUUAUAAUUCUCUACCUUCUUGCGUCUCUUUACAUUUCCGUCCUUGGCGCUCUUAUGCACAUCACCUCAUUUUUCCCCGACAGCGGCCACUCUUGAUGUUAAUAUUGUCUAUAUUAUUUAUGGUUUGUAUUUUCUUGUUGUGGUCUGGUGUCUGAAAUGAUGAGUAAUAGGCAAGAUGCUGUUUUAAUUUUGUUGUAUGUUUAAAUUUACUAGUUAUUUCACUUUUGCUCUCAUUUAUCAUUUUGACAUUACAUUUUACAUUAAUUGCUGUAAAAUAAUUUUGUCAGUCUCUUCUUCCCCUCUUUCAUUUUAAAUUUAAGUUCAUCAACCCUACAUCCUUAAGUCUUAACUCAGAUUCACAGGUCCAGGUCGUGUGUAUAUUGUAUGUAAUAAAAUCUUAGAGAUUUCUUUAAAAUA